CACAGGGCAGUGAGCAUUUAAACCACACCGUUAUGUGUAUUGUUCACUAUGUCCCCUCUAUGGCUCUCUACCUGGACUUGGUGCUUUCUCUCCUGUCUGCUGGUUCUCCACCUGCAGAACGCCCUGUGUGCUCCAGAUUUCUCUGAUUUUCUCUACACAAUCUUGAGGAACCACACAGUUCACGCCUGCGAGGGGGAUACGCUGACCAUCAGGUGCCCCUCCAAGACCUCGGUGGCUGUUUUGUCUGCUUUCUAUGGACGCCGAGUGCCCAGUCAGCACUUAUGCCCCACCACAAAUGCAAACACUACUGUGGAAAGCAUUGAGUGCAUGUCCUCCAUAGCUAUUCAGAAAGUCUUGGCAGAGUGCCAGGACCGGAGGGCGUGUGAGAUUCCUGUGGUCAGCGCUGUGUUUGGUCAGGAUCCCUGCCCUGAAACCAGCAAGUACAUCAUCGUCUCCUACAAAUGCCGUCCAGUGCAUCAUCGCUCGAGGACGGUGUGUGAGAACGAGAGGCUGAGACUGGCCUGUAAGAACGACACCGUCCUGGCCAUCUACUCGGCAACGUUUGGCCACCUGGAGCAUGACCACCAUGAAUGUCCUCAAGGGUCCAACGUAAAGCCUGACAUGGAAUGCUUGUCUCCGUCGGCUCUGAGAAGGGUGUCCCGGAGGUGUCACGGCAGGACAAACUGCACCGUGCUGGCUGAUGUUCAGAACUUCGGUGACCCCUGCUUCCCCGGCACCAGGAAACAUCUGCGAGUGUCAUUCACGUGUGUUCCGAGGUAUCUGCUGGAGGAUGUAGGACGCGGAGACACAGAUCCGUUCCUAAUCUCAGACUACACACAUGGUGGCUGGUACACUGGCCCUGGCGUGUACAGGCCACAAAACAUUUUCACCAACACUUUGGAAAUCUUUUCCCAGGUUCAGGGCCUUCCAGAGACAGUGGCUCUGUACUUUGUCUCGGGCAUAUGUGCCGGUUUGGUCUUCCUGCUGUGUCUGUUUGGCCUGAAGUCCACUCUGGUGCGAGAUGUGAAGGACCUGGUCUCUGAGCUUGAGGACGAGCUGAAGGCCGCACGCAGGUCACGGCGUGGACUGAUUGAGGACUUUGAUGAUGACGACGCCUCGCUGGACUCUGCCUUUCGCCGCCUCACACGCUCCUACCGUGCGGCAGACAUGCUCAGUCCAGAGAUGGUCAUGACGGUGGUGAUGGAGGAGAAGAGGGAGGAAGACAGGGACAAAAUAGAGGUGUCAAACGGAGACCUGUGGCCACACUGUAACUCCAGCCCCUACGCCAUCCACAAAACCAAGUCUUCAUCUGCCUGAGUGUCAAGACUGGCUACAUCCCAACUCAUGCUACCACUCACAUGUGCUAAAUCUACAUGAUUUAAAGACUUUAUCAGAAAACAGUAAUCAGUUUGCUGUGUAUAUUUUUUUAGUGUUGCCUUGAAGUGUAUCCAUUCAGUUUAACACCCAUUAGUAUUACUUAGCCAGAUAAAAAGGUUAGGUCACAUGAAAGCAUAACAAGAUUUAUUACAGUUUUGUAUGUAAUCACAACUGGUAGUUACAUGUCCAUAACUGAACAUAUUUGGUUUUGGGGGUGAGGGGGGUCAGUGGGAAUAAAAAUUUAUUUGUGAAAGAUGAUCUAAUCUAAGGUUUUGGUAGUAAAUCAAAGGUGAAAAUGGAAUAAAUAGUGUGAAACGUUUUGUACUGUUUUUUUUUUAAUAACUUAAAGAGGUACUGUGGUCAAAAUGAAAAAUGUAAGCAUUACUACAUCUGUUGAAAACAUCUGAACUACAUCUGCUCUCCUUCUACAGUGGUGCCACAGUACUUUAUAAUGUGAGAUUUUCUGGUUUAAAAACUAGGAAAAUCUCCCUUCUGACGAUGUAUUUGAAGGUGGGAGGAACUUGCACCUGCUUUGGGGCAGAUACUUGAAGAUACUUGAAAUGUUUUUUCUGUUAGCUGGCUGAUGCAAAGGAAAGCCAUACAGCUAAUGUUACUGUUAAUGAGCAAAGCACACAUCAGUGUGUUUUAGUCUCUACUGCAGUGGCUAUGCUAGCAGUCAGAAUUUCUUUGUUGCAGUGUGUGAAGUGUAUUUGCGUGAUGCAUGCUGGGUACUGUAGUGAGAGAACAUUGAGGGACGAAAGAAAAAAGUACAAAAGUAGUGAAUUCUGUCAAAUCACUGAGGCAAAGGAACACAAUGCAACACUACAGAAUACUGUAUUAACAUGAGAAAUAUCAUAUUAAAUGCUAGUUUAGGCUGGAAUAUCCAUUUGAUUGAUGUUUGUGCUCUGUGUUUUACAUGUAGCCUGAUUAAUCUGCCUAUUCUAAAAACCUAUGCUAUGGCGACUAUUUGGUUUGCAUGUGGCAAAGACCCUCUUUUGCAAAGUUGCAACAACUGUUUAAAGGACUCAUACCAUGGAAAACUGAAUUGUCCCCAUUUUUUAAUUAAAAGAGUUUGUAACGUA